GAGCAGUUUGUGCAGUGUAGCUCACUUUCCUCUAUCCCCUGCACUCUGUGCUGGGAAAAUGCAUCCAUUUGGAAAAGAGGAAGCUGCCUCGGUGUUGCAGCUCUUUGGGUUUUUUUGUGAGUGCCUGAAACGUGGAGAAUGGGAACUGGCACAAGCCUGUGUCCCUCAGCUACACAGAGGACAUGGGGAUAUCCCCAAGAAGGUGGAAGAGAUCCUGCAGGCUCUCGUGGCUUGUCCCAGCCUGAUGAGGUGUGGGCAGUACAACAGUCCCCAAAGAUUGGCCUGGAUUUGGCUUCUGACACUAGAAAAAUGGCUAGAAUGGAACCGGAAGUUUCCCCUGUCUACUUUACGGAGAAGGACAGAGUUUCUUUUGCUAUCAGAAGAUCUACAAAAUAACAUUCCAGAAGACAUCCUUAAGGAGCUGUAUGAGUCCAUACCACAAGAUGAUAUAGGGCCUUUGACUGACAGCAUUAGGAAGGGGGAGCAUUGGGCACGCCAACUCAGCACAAAAGCUCUUUCUACCCUCUGGGACCUCCUGUGGCAGGCACCCCCACAGGCACAGGCCCUGCUGGAUCUCUUGCUUGGAGAGGACAAUGGCAUAGGAGCCUGUGGCUGGCCUUUGCAGAAACCAUUGAUUGACUUUAUUCAGAAAGCACUGAAGUCUCUAAAGGGUCCCAGCCCUAUCCCCUCUGGGGUAGCUGAUGCCAUCUAUGGGACUCUGCGUAUACUACGCUGUCCUGCAGAACCACUUGGGGUUGAAUGGCAUCUCCUGUGUGAGGAGCUCCUUAGAGCUUGUGAAACUGAAGGUGGUCUCCUGCAAGAGGAGCAACUCUUGGGGUGCAUGAUAAGGAGAGCUAGCAGGAGCCUGGUUGCCAUAUAUGGCAAUAUCUACGCAGAACAGGUGAAGGAAAAGCCACUGGGCUCUAAAACACUGGGAAAAGUUCCAUCUGAACAUCUGGAUCCUGAGAAGGCAAUGCUAACUCUGUUCUCCAAUCCUAAUACAACCCAGGCAUGGAAGAUGGCCUAUUUUUACUGCUUUAGUAGCCACAAACACCUCCUGGAGCAGAUCUUGAUGACAGCACUGACGCUGUUGAAGGAAGGAGACUUUUCAGGUCUGAGUUGCUUGCUGGAUAGAGAAUUCAGGCCUCUCAGUCAACUAUUUGUGCUUCUGGGAUGGACUCACUGUCAGAGCUUGGAGUCAGCCAAGUUGCUGCUCCAGACCCUCCACAGGACAGAGCGGAAUCAAGAGUGUGACAAGCUCCUCAGAGAUGCCUGUGAUGGUUUGUCGGCACAUGUCGAGGUCCUAGAGUGGUGUCUGCAGCAAAACAGCCUUCCCAUACCAGAGAGAGAGAUCCUACAUCACUUGUAUGGUGGAGACAGCCAUUCAGUGCUCUACUCCCUUCAUCACCUCACAAACCUUCCUGCUCUUAAGGAGGAAGAUGUUCUCGAGCUACUGCAGAAAAUGCUCAUCAAGGACCCACAGCAGAAUCAGUCUGAUGUCUCAGUCCCCAGCAAUCUGUACCAAUGUCAGAACGUGACACUCUUCCAGGGAUUCUGUGCCAUGAAGUAUGCCAUCUAUGCCCUCUGUGUGAAUUCUCAUCAACAUUCUCAGUGCCAGGUCUGCAAAGAAGGACCCUCUGAGAACCUGGCCACUAACCAGGAGCCCACAAAGGAGUCUUCUUCCCCAGGUGCCUCAAAUCUCUUCUCAACAUACCUGGCCAAGUGUCAACAUUACCUAUGCAGUAUUCCCAAUUCCCUGCGGCUAGAACUUCUGGAAAAUAUUUUCUCUUUGCUCCUCAUCACUUCUAGUGACCUUCACCAAGAGCCUGCCCUGCCUGAGGACUAUGCUGAAGAUGAUGACCUUGAUGGAAAAAGUCCUCCAGAUCUAGGAUGUUCUCCCUCUGAAAACCCCCAGCAUAUACCCCAGCCUGAGAGGAAGUCAGAACGGACUGCCCUUGAGGUGCUCAGAGGUCUUCCUCACAACUCUCCAAGCUGUCUGAUUGCAGAGGCAAGAGGCAAGGAUCAAGAACAAGGCUUUCUGGACCUCAAACACUUUACUAGUGGUAGCAGUGGGUUUUUGGCUGACGAACUAGCAAUGGAGGCUUUUCUCAAGCUUCUCAAAGAACAGCUAGAGGAAAUCAACAACCAUGAGCCCUCCAAGGACCCGAAACUGGUAGAGAGCCAGAGCUGCUCAGGAAGCAGGGAUGGGUUGCAGAGUCGACUUCACCAGUUCUCCAAAGUUCUCUCUGAGGCACAGUGGAGAUAUAAGGUGGUAAUCAGCAACCAGAACACAGAGGAGCAGCUGACAGCCUCCCAAAAAUGCCGCACCCUUGCCACACGCCACUCUACUCUCCGCCGGGCUCACCGGGCAAGAAGGAAUAAGUCAGAUGGCCGGGACAGAGUCUCCAGCCUAUCACUAGAAAGUACAAGUAGUGAACUAAGCACGAGCACCUCAGAGGGAAGUCUGAGUACUAUGUCCGGGCGCAGUGAGCUAGAGGUCCAGCUACAACCCCAACCGCAAAACCUACUUAUUCCUAUGAUGCUAUCUCAGCCCGAGUCACUUCUUGCAUCUUGUAUUCUCCGAGAGAACUUUGUGGAAGCACAUCAGGUGGUGUUCAUGUUUGACCUAAAGUCCUCCCCCAGCUGUGGUGAGCUCAUGUUUAUGGAGCGCUACCAAGAAGUGAUCCAAGAGUUGGCCCAAGUAGAGCACAAGAUUGAAAACACGAUCUCAGAUGGGGGCAGUACCACUGUUCGACGAACCAGCAGUGGUCGAUCAACCCUACAGGCCAUUGGCAGUGCUGCUGCAGCAGGUAUGGUAUUUUACUCUAUUUCUGAUGUGACUGACAAACUGCUUAGCAUCUCUAGAGACCCCAUCCCCAUCCUUCAGGAGGACUUCUGGAUAAGCAGCACGCAAAUGGAACCCACUGCUCCCUUGAGGGACAUUCUGGAAGACCUCAGCCCCCCAGCUAUGGCUGCAUUUGACCUAGCCUGCACCCAGUGCCAACUGUGGAAAACUUGCAAGCAGCUUCUGGAAACAGCUGAGCGACGUCUGCACAGCAGCCUCGAGAGCCGAGGUCGAAAGCUUGAUUAUGUUCUCCUGAAUUCUGAUGGCAUUAGAGGCUUUCCAGUUGUUCUUCAGCAAAUUGGUAAACUUCUCAACUACCCUUUUGUGCCUGCAGGACAAACUAAAUCUGACAAUGCAGAAGAAAAAACAAGUAGUCACCCUCGGUACAGUGUUAGAGAGCUCCUUCAGAUGUGCUUCCCCAGCCUGACAGAGGACUGUGUGUCGAACCAAGCCACCCUCUGCCAGCAGCGAGAGCAAAUUGUUCAGACACUGAUGGAAGAACUGCAGCUUCCAGAACCUAAGGGCAACCCAUUGUCUUCGCUGGUGGCGCAGGCAUCUCACAAGCUCCCUGAAACAGGAGCCCACCCUGUGCAGAUCCAGACACAUCUUCUCACAAAGAACCUAAGCACCCAGAUCCCAGUAGACAGUGGGCCGGCUGACUACGUGGGUGCCUUCUUCACUUAUUCAAAUACCAUGGCUUCUGUGCUCCUUCGAAGCCUGAGUUCUGAGCCUGAUCAUGCAGUGAAGGUGAAAGUGGGGAACCCUUUCGUUAUUCUGCAUCAAAGCCCUUCCCAACUCAUGUCCCACCUCCUUCUUGAAAGACAGAUUCCCCCAGACAGGCUGGCAUCUCUUCUGGCCCAAGAGGAACUCAGCCUGAAUGUGCCACAGAUUAUCAUCAGCUGCUGCUGUGAGCGCCUUACCCUUUGUCCUCCUCGGCAGAGCCAACAGACUUGGUCCCUUCUGACCCAUUUGGGUGUAUUAGCACAGUUCCAUACCUCCCGUUACCUGACUGACAUUCCACUCCCUAGUCUUACCCCAGCAGAAUCAAAAGAGAAACCUAUGUUGGAUCCACCUUCUCCUUCCUUUUCAAGUGACUCACCAACUCCUGCCCUCACUGCUUCUGCCUUAGCGUUCCUCAAGUCCCACUCAAAGUUACUGACAACUCUGGCAUGCCUAGGGGCUACCCUGGGCUCACAAGUCUCCAAGCCCAGUCUAUCAUGGAAGGAACUGUGUGGCAGGAGAGAGGCUCCUUUGGCCCCAGAACAGAUAGCCCGGGAAUGUGAGAGCCUCCUGGAUCAGGUCCCUAUGUUAGAAACCUUCCUCACAGCUGCCUGGGAGCCUCUCCGGGGUACCCGUGAGGAGGAGCAGAGCUUGUCAGGGGGGUUGUGUGGCCAGCCUUGUCUCUCUACUGUUCUCCUGGGUUUACACUCUCCUGUUGCUGUGGAUGUGCUGACAAAGGCCUUUGAGGAAGCACUAAUAGCUAAUAGUUGGGCCCGGGCCCUUCAACUCAUGGACUUGUAUGGACAAGACAUGGAGGAGUUGAGCAGUAUAAAGGAUGUGGUUCUGAGCUGUGCCACAGUGAAUGAUAAAGAUGGCUGGCAGCACUUGUUUUCUGUAGAGGAUGCAAUUCUGAGAAGCCAAAUGGCCCUUUGGUCUGUGGAGAGGUGGCCCCUGGAGCCUUGCCUAGAAAUUUUGGCCUUUUGCAUUUCUGAACCAGCUGUCCCAGAAGGAUUGCUAUCAGAGCUGCGUAAAAAGCUGAAGGAGCUCCAAGUUUACCAGAAGAUUCUGGAUUUGCAGUCCACUGCAAUGUGGUCUGACUGGCAGACAUUGAAGAGGUGUUGUGCUGACAACCCACCAGUGGUCAUGGACCUGAUUCUAGAGGCAAAGGAAUACGAGCUGUGUGAGGAGUGGGGCUGCCUCUAUCCUAUUCCCAGAGAACAUUUAAUCAGCUUGAACCAAAAACAUCUCCUCUACCUUCUGGAGAGUGGAGAUCAUGAAAAGGCCCUCCAGCUCCUUCAGAGAAUCUCUGACCCCACCAUGCGCCUUGAUGUCACAGAACGUUCCCUUGACCAGCAUCCCAGCCUGGCUGCCUCUCACUUUUUAGCCAACUACCUCACCACUCACUUCUACGGGGAACUGACAGCUACUCGACACUAUGAGAUCCAAGCUCUAUACGUGGGGUCCAAGGUUCUGCUGACUCUGCCUGAGCCGCACCGGGCCAGCUACUCCCACCUGUCUUCCAGCCCCUUACUCAUGUUGGAGCAGCUGCUGAUGAACAUGAAAGUGGACUGGGCUACUGUGGCUGUGCAAACCCUUCACAACCUGCUGACUGGGCAAGAAAUUGGCUUUACCAUGGAGGACAUUGACGCACUGCUUUCCAGAUAUGCAGGGAAAGCACUCGAUUUCCCAUAUUCAUUGAAAGAAAAGCGAUCAGAUUCUGUAAUUCACCUCCAAGACAGUUUUAAUCAGGUGUCAGAGCCUGAGACUUUGUCUAGGUCAACAUCACUUGAGUUGUCUGCUGCUACUUUUCCUGGAGUCUCCUUUGCACGAUCUCCAAGCUUAAAGGAGAGAAGCUUCCCACAGAGUGAUCCCUUGGAAUUUGUGCCCCCUGAAAAACCCCCAGCUAGGCAGGAGUGGGUACCAGAUGAGAUGGAAAUCACCUGUAUGGUGUGUAGAAGUGAACGUUUCACCAUGUUUAACCGCCGUCAUCACUGCCGUCGCUGUGGCAGGCUGGUGUGCGGCUCUUGCUCCACUAAGAAAAUGGUUGUGGAGGGCAGCAGAGAGAACCCAGCUCGGGUGUGUGACCAGUGCUACAGCCACUACAACAAACAUUUGCCAGAGGAGAGUAUAGGACAUUCAGAAGCCUCAGACAGCCCCUCAACUGAGAGCCCCCCGUACUUGGCUGUGGUGCGAGUCCCCAAAGCAGCUCAGCUGGAAUGGAUUCUAGAUCUGAAUGAGGAAGAAAAUAAUCUGGUCCGGAGUGAGUUUUACUAUGAACAGGCCCCCAGUGCCUCCUUGUGCAUUGCCAUCCUGAACCUGCACCGUGACAGCAUUGCCUGCGGCCAUCAGUUGAUUGAUCACUGCUGCCAACUGUCCCGGGGCCUGACCAACCCCGAGGUAGAUGCUGGACUACUCACAGAUAUCAUGAAGCAGCUGCUCUUCAGUGCCAAGAUGAUGUUCGUUAAAGCUGGCCAGAGCCAAGACUUAGCACUGUGUGACAGCUACAUCAGCAAGGUGGAUGUACUGAAUAUUUUAGUUGCUGCUGCCUAUCGACAUGUACCAUCUCUGGAUCAGAUCCUACAGCCAGCUGCAGUAACAAGACUAAGGAACCAACUUUUGGAAGCUGAAUACUAUCAGCUGGGUGUUGAGGUGUCCACCAAAACUGGACUGGAUGUCACUGGUGCAUGGCAUGCCUGGGGUAUGGCCUGUCUCAAAGCUGGGAACCUGACGGCAGCACGUGAGAAGUUCAGUCGAUGUCUCAAGUCACCCCUUGAUCUCAAUCAGCUAACUCAUGGCUCAAGGCUGGUACAGGAUGUAAUUGAGUACCUGGAGUCCACAGUAAAGCCUGUCUUGUCAGUGCAGGACGAUGGUUAUUUUGCCACUCUGAAGGAGCUAGAAGCUACUCUUAGAACUAAGAGCCUCUCUCUAGAAGUGAUUUCAGAGGGGAAGUCCAUGCACAAUACCUACUACCAGGAGUGCCUCUUCUACUUACAUCACUACAGCACCAACCUGGCCAUCAUCAGCUUCUACAUGAGGCACAACUGCAUGAGAGAAGCCCUUCAGCAUCUCCGAAAGAAGGAGAGUCCCCCAGAAGUCUUUAUCGAAGGCAUCUUCCAACCAAGCUACACAAGUGGGAAGCUACAUAUUUUGGAAAACUUGCUAGAAGACAUUGAUCCGACUUUGGAGAGCUGGGGAAAGUACUUGAUUGCUGCCUGCCAGCACUUACAGAAAAAAAACUACUACCACCUUCUGUAUGAACUGCAGCAAUUCAUGAAGGACCAAGUCCGUGCUGCCAUGACCUGCAUACGAUUCUUUUGUCACAAAGCAAAGACAUAUGCAGAACUGGGAGAAAAACUUCCAUGGCUGCUUAAGGCUAAGGAUCACCUUAAGGUCUACUUACAGGAGGUAUCCAGGAGCACAGGGAAGAAGAAACUCACUUUUUUUCGAAAAAAGAUGAAUGCAGCUGAUGUGUCAAGGCACAUGAAUACAGUUGGCCUGCAGCUGGAAGUUACCAGGUUUCUACAUCGGUGUGAGAGCGCUGGGACCUCCCAGAUUACAGCGCUGCCCCUGCCAACCCUGUUUGGAAACAAUAACAUGAAAAUGGAUGUUGCCUGUAAAGUAAUGCUAGGAGGAAAAAAUGUGGAAGAUGGCUUUGGGAUAGCAUUUCGUGUCCUACAGGACUUCAAGCUGGAUGCUCCUGCCACUUAUUGUAAAGCCGCCCAGCAACUAGUAAAAAGAGAGAAAUACAAUGAGAUACGCCAACUACUCAAGUGUGUGAAUGAGUCUGGUGUGGCAGCCAAGAGUGAUGGUGAUACCAUCCUCCUUAGUUGUCUGGAGAAAUUUGGGAGUAUCCCAUCCCAGGAGUUAGAUGGCCUAAUCCAGGCAAUACACAGUGAUGACAACAAGGUUCUGGCCUAUCUGAUGUGCAGCAAGCUGCGUUCUGCCUACCUGAUAGCAGUGAAGCAAGAACACUCCCGGGCCACAGACCUCGUCCAGCAGGUGCAGCAGGCAGCCCAGAAUAGCGGGGACGAAGUGGUCCAGGAUAUCUGUGCCCAGUGGCUUCUCACCUCCCGUACUAGGUGUCCCCGUGGCUUCAGUUCUAGGAAGUGACUGUUGGGCAGGGCAGCCCCUGAGAAGCUAGGCAGCAAGAAAUAGUAGCCCUGCUUUGUACAUUUUCCCAAAGCACGGCUCUUACGUGACUCUGUCCUCAGUUUUGAAUGAGUGGAGUUGAAAGCCCACUUGCCCUCUUCACAGAGGACAGGUCUCUUCACACAAGUGCCAUGUAUUUGUGGGUAUGGGUGUCCUGAUGGCCACUUCUUUCUACCUCACAUUGUGUGAGUGAGUGAGUGAGUGAGUGAGCGAGUGUGUGUGUGUGCGCGCACGCGCGCGCCCAGGCUUUUUUGAACAAACUAAACUCUCUUCCAGUGAGAAGAGGCACUUUAAUUUUGCCUUUUUGCCAAUCUUGAAACUCUCCUUGUGUGCUUUAGUUCUUAACCCAGUACAUCCUCUUUGUACACAGUCCCAUUGGUGCAGAAAUGUUUUUGUAUUGUCUCAGCUGGAAUGAUUUUACAAAGGAUUACAAAGGAUUACAAAGCACUGCAAGAAAGUUUACUCUGCUUCCCUUCCAGUCCUUCUAUGAGAUUCACAGACUUUAUUUUGAGGAUCAUGUUUAUUGCAAAAUAAAAUUGAUUUUUUUUCCAUAGGAUGCUCUUCUGUCAUGAGCACAAGUUGUUAACAUGAAGCUUUGGAAGUUUAUGGAGUAGGAAAAGGAUUCUCAUGGUCCUUGGAUCUGAGAAUUGUGGCAAUGAAUGUCAGUAUCCAGACAUGCCACUCAUCUGCCUGACAGUUCAUGAUGGGGGCAGGAAGUGCAUAUCAGUGCUAGGCCAGCAUACUAGAAAGGAAACAAACCCUUUUUACUAGAUGUUAUGCUAAGUCUGAAAGCACAGUACUGCCUUUCACAAAUCAGGGAUUAACACUUCUGAAGGAAGGAAUUCACAGGCCUUUGUGAGUUCCACAAUUUAGAACACUCUUUUUAGCAAGGAUAAUUAGGUAAGAGAGCACCAUUCCCCUCUUAGGGUAGAGGAAGAAAAACAGCAGCCUGGGAUUGGACAUCUGCUUUGACCAAAUAGAGCGACAUUUCAUUUCCGAUGCCAGAAAAUGCAGCUUCGCACCUUCAGAUAGGGUUGGGGAGCCAUGAGGACUGGUAUCCCCCUUUCACCCCACUUCCUGGCAUCUCUUCAUAGCCAAUGUAUGGGGUACCCUGACCAGCAGGGAGUUUGCCUGUUUCUUCCCUAUGUUGUAACAGUGAAAAUAAUCAAGGAUUUAUAAACAAAGUACUUAUUUCUUCUUGAGUCUCUGGGGGGAAAAGUCAGAAGAUGGAGGAAGAAAAGGGAAAAAGAUAGAGAAAAAUCACUCAGUACAAAGCUGCUGCCCCUUUUUUUUUUUAAUGCUUUCCCUAAGAUUAAAAAAAAUUAGAUUCCAAAUAAAAACAUGGCUUCAGUAAGUAGAGCCUAUGGUACCUACUGACUUGGGUCCAAAAAUGGCAUUUCAGUCAAGACUACCUAUUCUCCAGCUCCUAAAGAGGCUUCUUGCCAGCUGGAACUCAGUCUGGUCAUCUCAUUUGGGGCAGAGGUGGGCGUAGGUGAUGUUCCACACUCAGGUGGAUGUGGUGUUCAGAGGAUCCAUGUGUUUUCCUUCUGAACCGCCUUUUAGAAAUUAAACUAACAUCUGCUUUGGUUGUCUUUCAGACACUGCUUCUAUCUAGUUAGAGGAAAUGUUAGACCUUUUGCAGAAGACUUCAAAGAGGAUGAGCAAUUUGUCCUUCCCUUUUAUUAAAGAAUGAGCUCUUUCCAUGAAGCCAGUGGUACAUCCCACUAGAGAUGUUUCUAUCCCCUUCAAACUCUUAUCUCUUUGCACUGAACCAUAUGCACUUUACACUAAUGAGUUACAGAUUUUACUGCCCAGUCCUGGGUUUUAAACUCACACUGUCCCCCUCUAGUGACUAAUUAAACCAGACGGUGGGUGGCCCAGUAUUCGAAAGGGCUAAGGAUUUUUGAGCACGAUGUGGGAUCUCCAGUGAGAAAGUACAUUCUUAUGUGUUGUGUUUUUACAAACUAAUCACAAUAAAGUGUCUGCCUCUUA